GUCACCAGUCCGCAUUUGUUUCGCUUUGUUUGAUCAUGAUCAAUCGCUUUGCUUACAAAUAAAACUCGCGUAGCUGUUUUCAUGUGACCAUCACUUUCUUGUCUUUCCACCCUGAUACGGAGACUCAUUCAUCUUCAUUUUUUUGAUCUGAUUUUUUCAACAAUAUGUUUUUGCUUAUUUCAAUGUUUGUAUCAAUGCUGCCAUCAGCGCUUCUCCUUUGCCUCUGCCUGUCGUCGCAACAGGUUAGCGGAUCGAUGGCAACGCGCGGCACCGGUUUUGCUUCUCAGCGACCGCAGCCACAAGACAAGCAGAACACAAGAAUUUCUGCUGCGAGACAGCACGACCACGAAAAAAGCAAAUCGCUGACAACUCUGCCGGGCGGAUACCUGCAUCCGAAAAAUCCACUCGCAGCACACGAGCAGCAACCGCAGCAACAGCCUUCCCAACCGCCAGAGAUGGAGAGAAACGCUCAAACCCGAAGAGAUAGAAGAAAAAACAAGAACUGGCGAAGGGGGAACAAAGGAAACAACUACAACAAAAGCCCUAAUAUCCCGUUCCAGCAGCCAAGUUGCAGGGACGUAAGCUUUUGGGGGCAGAUGCAAUUGCAGGACCAGCACGAUCAGGACCAGCAGCAGCCUAGUCUUCACGGGCAACAAGGGCCAGCACAUGUUCUUGGAGACGGCCAAAAUAGCAGCAGCAAGAAGGGCCAGAACAAGAUGACACGGAAAAAAAUGCCGCUGUUGCUCGGGAGGGAAAAGGAAGAGAGAUACCAAACCAGUCAGGGUCAUCGAGGUCAACACCAGCAACCGCAAAGCGGUACUACUUCUACAUUUGUCGUGCAGCAGGAUCAUCUUGACGUCGAUCAUACAACAAGCACAAUAGCUGCGAAACAACAAGUACAUGAUCUGCCGCAGUUGAUGGCCAGCCUUCGGCUAGACGGGCACAAAGUACGAAAGCAGGGCGCAGGCGACGGAGUUGUGCAGCAUGCGAAGGAAGAUAAAAAUGGACUUCUUGCGUUUAGUAGUAUUCAGAGCAGCGGCACGAGCACCACGGACGAGAAAAAGAUGAGCGGGCGUGCCUUGUGGAACGGGGUUUUUGGAGAGCUGUUGGCGCCGACCAUUGUAUCCUCCACAAGCAGGAGUGCUUUGCAGGUAGAGGCAUCAACCACAUCAACUUCUUCUCGUCGUGGUUCUACUCUGGAGGAUGGUCGUGGUGGUGCCAACACACACGGCACAACACUUCCUGGCGUACAUAGACCGUCUCCCGAGGACGAGGACCUUUUUGGACUGAACAAUAGUACAACUGUGUCAACAACUACUUUCCAGAGGCAGCAAGCUUGUAAUCCGGCGGAUCUCGAGUUUCUUAGCCAGCAGAAGAGCUCCUUUUGCCAACAAAAGCAGCAAGUACCAGAGCAACUUGAAGAUGUAGUUGCACCACCACCGGACCCUGAAAAAGCAAAAAACAAAAAGUGCUACUUGUCGCUGCUCCACGAAGGGCAAAAGCAAGAAUUCAUCCAGUCUAGAAAAAGCGAUUUGCUGAUGGGCAUCAGGCUUGGUCUGCUGGAUUCUUGGACCGGCGAUAUUCCGGUGGAAUUGCGACAGGAUUUGGACAUCCUCGAUAGCGUGUUACGGCACACAGUCGCGACACACGAAGAGAAAAGCAAAAUGUCUAAAAUUUUCGGCGAACAACAACUUCGAGCUGUACUUCCUCCCGGUCGUGGUGGAGACCACGAGGGUCAACAUGCGACGGACGACAGCACCACGCCAACCGGAAUAGCAGAAACAAGAUCUUCGAUAAAAUCCAACCUGAGUCCUCUUCUCGCCGCCCCCUUUGACCGGUGCGCUUUCCACGAGGAUUUGAAGCAGGCGCUGCACUGCCAGGCGGAGCGUUUGAAGGCCCGGGAGCUGGAGAACAUGAGUUUUGUCAUCCACUACAGCGACGGGCUGGUCGGAAGGUUGCGGUUGGACGAAACGUGGCGAAAAUUUCUCGAAAUCAACGAAAAGGAGCCCAAUUUAUCGAAGAGAAAAAUCCCCCCUCCCCAUAUCAAAAGGAAGUUUCUGAUGCUGGAUUUGCGUACACAAAUCAGGUCUGUCUUGCAGUAGAGGACAGCAGGCAUAUGUCAAGCCUCAGUCGAGAGGUUUUGACGUAGGCGCCUAGCAUAGCAAACGUGUAUGCUCUAAGCCCAACAGCAUCACAAACCGCCUGCAAAAUGCGGGGCGCUCUCUGGACUUGCCUUCUUGCAAGACAGACAGGAUUUGAGGUCACAAAUGCGCAUCACAAAUUUUCAGCCGGAUACGUUUUCAAUAUGGGGAGGGGGGAUUUUUCUUUACGAUACAAUUGGUGGGAGGACGGGGAGCAAUUCAGUUGCUUCGACCCGGUGUGGAUAUCCAAGGACAUGAUGAAGCACAAAAAGAAUACAACGUUGCAAGUCAGCACGUUCUCCUACGGUGAUUAUCGGGAUGGUAUGUCUACUAUUCCUGCUGGUAGUGCUGGUGCAUUGCCGGCGACAUCAACCGCCACCACAGCUGUUGCUGAUGGCGGGGAUCUUGAUCAUAACUCCGCGGCCACAAAUAGUUCUUGUGCACGCAAUUGCACCAGACCCGGAUCUUCGUCGGAUUCCGCGCUCGUGCUUCCGAUUGCAAAAGAGUGCGAGCAGAACAGCAAGCACUUUGCAACGAUUUUUCCCGAAAAGAAGAAACGAAAAUCCCUCCUGACGUCCUCCGAAAUCUGCAGGCAGAACAAACUCGAGCGCGCUUGGUGGAAGAGUUACAAGGGGCAAGCGCGCCAGCGUGACAUCGAAUUGAGACACAACCGGUGUCUGAUGCUGAAGUGCUUCGCCACCGAAUCGCCUGGAGCUCUGGCCGAGGAACAGUUUCAUGGCACAGCAGAGAAAAUCGACAGCAACUACGACAUGAAUGGCAGGAGCUCCAAGCUUUUACACAACCGACAUCAUCUUCACAGCAGCACACCGCAACAUUAUGUGAAGAAAGCCACUUUUUCUUCUACUACUACCCGUGAAGAUGAUGAUGUCCCGCACGCUGGGCUGGUCGCGGUGCCACUGGAUAGCACUGCGAAGAAGCUGUUUCUGAAGAUCGCGCAGGAAGAUGAUGAAGACAGCAAUAAGAGAAGAACUACAAGCUAUACUAGCGCUACUAGUAACCUGACACCUGCCUCCUUGACGAGAACAUUGGAACUAAAUCCAGAGCAGCAGGCGAAGCAGAAUCAGGUCGCCUAUUCCGCGAUGGAAUCGGCGAGGAACCGGCUGUUGCACGAUUGCGACAAUUUGCUGCAGGACUGGCUAGACGAGGAGACUUUUUCGGAGCAGGAGGAAAAAAUGAAAAACGUGAUCGACGAAGAAAUCAAGGACGACAAGCUGGAGGAUGACGCAUUUUCAUCCUGGUUAGACUGUCCCGAUUCCAACAGAGAAUCCCCCCUUUCUUGCUGCUCCGCCCGGUUUUUGCCCGAUGCUGCCGACUCCUGUUCCGUGGCCACACACACAACCUCCGGCCGCACGCGAAGCAGUGGCGGAACCCUUUAUCAAAUGCAAACAUGUUGUCUGGGUCUGGGAGAUUGCGAGAUUUGUCAUGCUAGUCUGACAUGACUCUGAACUCUGUACUGCGCUCCCGCGAAGAGGUCCUCCCUUCUGUCAUGCAAAAACGCAGUUUCUCAUGACAUGCGGAAUACGCAACUCUGAACCACGGAAAAACUUGUCAUCCUGUGGACCGCAGUACACUGUGCUUACUAUUCCCUUCCUUGCCUCUGACCCAGACAUAUUUGCAUUUGAUACCCUUAGCUCCGCUGCAACAGCGGACGAGUUGAUUUCUUUCGAAUUACCGCCAGCAGCGAAAGGUGUCGAGGAUGAUGAGGAGGAAAUAACGAUGUUCUCGGAUAAACGUUCCACUUCCACCGUUGCAGCUCCGGCGUCGAGGAAAAACAACAACAACAACAGCAGAAAUCGCAGCGUUUGUAGUUCCGCUUUGGAUUUACACUUUGGAGACGAUGUUGACGAGGAGAACAAGGAGAAGCCAUUGAAAGUCGAGAAUUGCAAAGAAAUCGAUACCGAGGACGAAUUGUUUGCGGGGUUGCAGGAUGAAGUAGAAAUUCCGGAUCAGGACAAUCAAUUUCUCACACGUCGGGAAAAACCGCGAAAUAAUCAUGGUUUUCCGUGGGCCCGAAGGGGGCCAAUUUAUCGGGUAUGACACGAGUUCUACUUGGCGUUGGCGUCGUGCAGGGCACUGUAAAUAGAAGCAAUUUUAGGCGUGGAUUAUGUUGUGCACUAGAAAAAAAUACUUGUACUAGACUACAAAUUCUUGAAAGACUCUACUACCCAGCUACUGUUUCGACCUUUGGAACAAGAACAACCCAGAAUGCAUUGAUGUCUAAUAGAUCGGAUUCGGAUUGAUAUCGUUGUCAAGAACUACAAAAAAUAGAGCUGCCGUUGUACUACACUUUCAUCAUUUAGUUUUACAACAUAAAGCGAGGCAAUACAUGAUACUUUGGCGGAGGUGCGUAACACCACCCGAGUCGGGUACAAGUAGUCGUACUAGGCACAAUGAUUAGGUGCUACGCUACUCGCCACGCACGCCCAUACCAUACCAUACAGAGCUGUUGUCCUUUCGUGGAGGUGUUCUCACAUGGCAGCUCUCGUCGUCAAGAUGAGAUUCGCGGAUACAAGCAUAGUUGUCAUGUUGUCCAGUGGUGAAGUUCCACUUCGAUAUAUUUUCAAUAAGCACGCUUUGUAGAAUACAGAAGACUUGUCAUACCACAGACACCAACACCACGAGAAUAUUGAUACACCAUGAAACUUACACUUGUUUACCUUUUUCCAAAUAUUUUCCAUUUCACCAAACUGAAAUGUUGAUCAAAAAAUGCAAAAACAAAUGACGCACGAGAAAUCCAU